GCGCCGCUCCCGCCGCGCGGGCUGCCGGGAGGGCCGAGCGGCUGUGGUUAAUGUCCGCCAUGUUUGCCAUGGCGCAGGGAGCGGACCGAGCGAGCCCGGCGCGGAUCUAGGGCUGCGGGGCGUGCGCUGCGGGCUACGGGCGGCCCCGCCGGGAGCUGCGCCGGGGCGGCGGGACCCUCCAUGGUGGCGCGGGCGCGGCGCGGGAGCGGCUGGGAGGCGGCGGCGAGGCCGCACUGAAGGCCCCCCCCCCCCCCCCCCCGCCCGCCCGGCCCCGGGGUGUUAUUGUGAGGGGGAGACAAUGAGCAAACUCUCCUUCCGCGCCCGGGCGCUAGACGCCGCCAAACCGCUGCCCAUCUACCGCGGCAAGGACAUGCCCGACCUCAACGACUGCGUCUCCAUCAACCGGGCCGUGCCGCAGAUGCCCACGGGGAUGGAGAAGGAGGAAGAAUCGGAACAUCAUUUGCAACGGGCCAUCUCAGCACAGCAAGUUUUCAGAGAAAAGAAGGAGAGCAUGGUUAUCCCAGUCCCUGAAGCAGAGAGCAAUGUCAACUACUACAAUCGUCUGUACAAAGGAGAGUUCAAGCAACCAAAGCAGUUCAUCCACAUCCAACCCUUUAAUCUGGACAAUGAGCAGCCAGAUUAUGACAUGGACUCUGAGGAUGAGACCCUUCUGAACAGGCUGAACAGGAAGAUGGAAAUCAAGCCACUGCAGUUUGAAAUAAUGGUUGACAGACUCGAAAAAGCCAGUUCUAGUCAGCUUGUGACCCUUCAGGAGGCCAAACUGCUGCUCAACGAGGACGAUUACCUGAUCAAGGCUGUCUAUGACUACUGGGUGAGGAAGCGCAAGAACUGCCGGGGGCCCUCGCUCAUCCCCCAGAUCAAGCAGGAGAAGAGGGAUGGCUCCACCAACAACGACCCCUACGUGGCCUUCCGGAGGAGAACUGAGAAGAUGCAGACCAGAAAGAACCGAAAGAACGAUGAAGCAUCUUAUGAGAAGAUGUUGAAAUUAAGGAGGGAGUUUAGCAGAGCCAUAACAAUUUUGGAGAUGAUUAAGAGGAGAGAGAAAACAAAACGGGAGCUGUUGCAUUUAACGUUGGAAGUUGUGGAGAAAAGGUACCAUUUGGGUGAUUAUGGAGGUGAAAUCCUCAAUGAAGUGAAGCUGAACAGACCCGACAAAGAGAUGGGCACCACUCCCUCAUCUCUCCACAAUGGGAACCACCACAAAGUUCAGGAAUGUAAAGUUAAGCACCCUCACCACUCCUCUCUGAAGGAGGAGGUGUCCGAUGUGGUCCGUCAGAAGAAGAAGUACCUGAAGAAGCCCAAGCUGGAGUGUGUGGUGACCCCUCAGCCCCUGGCUGAGCCCUUGCCUGUGCUCAGCAAGAGUGACAUCAAACAGUACGACUUCCACAGCUCUGACGAGGAUGAGUUCCCACAGGUACCCUCACCAGUGUCAGAAGCAGAAGAAGAAAAUGAUCCUGAUGGACCUUGUGCUUUCAGGAGAAGAGCAGGAUGCCAGUAUUAUGCUCCUCGUUUGGACCAAACGAAUUCUUCGUCCGAAAGCCCAGAAUUGGCGGAGUUGGACAAACUGAGGUUCAGGCAUUGCCUUACAACCCUCACAAUCCCAAGGAGGUGUAUAGGGUUUGCAAGGAGGAGGAUUGGCAGGGGUGGAAGGGUUAUCAUGGACCGAAUAUCCACAGAACAUGAUCCUGUCUUGAGGCAGAUUGACCCGGAAAUGCUGAGCAGUUUUUCAAGCUCUUCCCAAAAUUUAGACUUUUCUUCUAAUUUUUCACGGACCAAUGCUUCCAAUAAACCUUGUGAAAACAGACUGUCCCUUCCUGAAAUCCUAAGCAAUAUCAGAUCAUGUCGACUGCAGUGUUUCCAGCCCAGGCUACUCAAUCUCCAGGACAGUGAUAGUGAAGAAUGUACCUCAAGGAAAGCAGGGCAGACUGUGAAUAAUAAAAGAGUCUCUGCAGCAUCUGUAGCUUUAUUGAACACCAGCAAGAAUGGCAUAUCAGUCACAGGGGGGAUCACAGAGGAGCAGUUCCAGACGCACCAACAGCAGCUGGUGCAGAUGCAGAGGCAGCAGCUGGCCCAGCUGCAGCAGAAGCAGCAAUCUCAGCAUUCCUCCCAACAGACACAUCUGAAAGCACAGGGCUCCAGCACCUCUGACUGCAUGUCCAAAACCCUGGAUUCAGCCAGUGCCCACUUUGCUGCCUCUGCAGUGGUCAGUGCCCCGGGCGCCGGGCGCAGCGAGGGAACCAAGGAGCAGAACACCAGCCACAACAGUAUCAACGGUGUUGUCCAGCCUUCAGGAACCUCCAGAACUUUGUACUCCACCAACAUGGCUUUAUCAUCCAGCCCAGGGAUCUCAACCGUACAGCUCGUAAGGACAGUUGGCCACAGCACCACAAACCACUUAAUCCCAGCCUUGUGCACGAGCAGCCCUCAGCCUCUCCCCAUGAACAAUUCCUGCCUGCCCAGCGCCGUGCACCUCAACAACGUCAGCGUUGUGUCUCCAGUCAAUGUUCAUAUCAAUACACGGACUUCAGCGCCCUCGCCAACAGCCUUAAAACUUGCCACAGUUGCUGCCAGCAUGGACAGAGUGCCAAAGGUAACUCCCAGCAGUGCCAUCAGCAGUAUAGCAAGAGAGAACCAUGAACCAGAGCGCCUGGGCUUGAACGGCAUCGCAGAGACCACAGUGGCCAUGGAAGUGACAUAACCUCCAAACUGUCCCCAGCUGGGUCGUGGUGUGCUCCUUCCUAUUCCAGCUGAAUGCAAGCGCGGCGCUCUGUGGGUCACAGAGAGCUCACACAGCCCUGAAUGGACUCCCAUUAUAUCGUGUAUUAAGUCGAUAUAUAAUGUACAUUUUGUAAAAUUGGGAAAAUCACUACCUUGUAAAAUAGUUUAUUUGUAUCAUCAAUAUUAUUUCUGUUACUUGAAUAGUAGAUAUUCAUCAUCAUGCUUUUGCACUUGAAUUUGCAACUGAAUGGAUUAAAAAAUAAUUCUUUAAUGGGAUCAUGAGCAUGACAUGGGAUCCUGCAUCACUUGUUUAAACUAUUUAUUUUGCCAUGUUUACAUUUUGUAUCUUGUACAAAUAAAUGCAACUUUGUGUCUAAAAAAAAAGUUAAAAGAUUCAUAGCUAGGAAACAAAAUUCUUGUAAUUUUUUUCUAAAGGAAAUGUAAAGUUUUCACUUGGUUCAUUUUGUUUCACAAUUUGACUAGAUGGACUUUUUGGUAAAUACUUUAGUGGCAUUUCACUGUCAAAUAUGAAGUUCAAGGCAAAAUAGUAUUUUCUAUUACUGUGCAGGGGAAAGGGAUGGAUCGAUACAUGCAAAUUUAAUGUAGUAACUCACUUUUCCAUAUAUUUUGAAUGUAUAUUUCUAUUUAUAAUACCAGUUUAUAAAAAAUAAUUACACAGGAGAGGGAAAAAAAAAAAACUGACUAGGAAAAUUAUGCAUCUGGCACAUGUCCAAAUGUGCAGAUCUGAGAAAAUUUUCACCUCGAUGCCGUUUUAUCCGAAACUGCGUAUUUUAACCGGCUUUCAAACUGUACCACACCACAUUAAAGGAUAUUUUACCAGGUAUGUAUUGCAUUCUAUAUCAUUGCAAUAAUUCAUUAUUGGAUGUCUAGCUAUCGAGCCAUCCCAGGUGGUGGGGGGGGGAGGGAGGGUUGUGGCAAGAUUGUCUUUUCAAUUUUGGAGAGUUUUCCUGUGGCUACAAGGCAAGUAACGGGUUGGAAAAAGUCUGACUGUAAGCGUUGGACACCUUCGUAGUGUAGUGUUUUAGUGACUUUUUUUAUACGGUUCUUGUACAUUAGAUACGUGUAGUGGUGUUUCCGAAUGUUUGUUUAUGCACUAGUUCAGACAACUUUCCCUGUUACUUGUUCUUGAUAAGUGAAAACUGCAGGGAAAUAAAAAUACAUAUCAAAACCUGG